AUGAGCGCCCCGGCCGAGGGCGCGGGGCCUGGCCCACAGCUCCCGCACCGCGUGGACCACCUGCUGAGCGCGGUGGAGAGCGAGCUGCGCGCGGGCAGCGAGAAGGGCGACCCCACGGAGCGCGAGCUGCGGGUGGGGCUGGAGGAGCGGGAGCUGUGGCUGCGCUUCCAGGAGCUCACCAACGAGAUGAUCAUCACCAAGAACGGCAGGCGCAUGUUCCCGGUGCUGAAGGUGAGUGUGUCCGGCCUGGACCCCAACGCCAUGUACUCGCUCCUGCUGGACUUCGUGGCGGCGGACGGCCACCGCUGGAAGUACGUGAACGGCGAGUGGGUGCCGGGCGGCAAGCCGGAGCCGCAGGCGCCCAGCUGCGUCUACAUCCACCCCGACUCGCCCAACUUCGGGGCGCACUGGAUGAAGGCGCCCGUGUCCUUCAGCAAGGUCAAGCUCACCAACAAGCUCGGCGGCGGCGGCCAGAUCAUGCUCAACUCCUUGCAUAAGUACGAGCCUCGUAUCCACAUCGUGAGGGUGGGAGGCCCGCAGCGCAUGAUCACCAGCCACUGCUUCCCUGAGACGCAGUUCAUCGCCGUGACGGCCUACCAGAACGAGGAGAUCACGGCUCUCAAAAUCAAGUACAACCCCUUCGCCAAGGCCUUCCUGGACGCCAAGGAGAGAAGCGACCACAAGGACGUGAUGGACGACCCCGGGGACGGCCAGCAGCCUGGGUUCUCCCAAUGGGGCUGGCUCCUGCCUGGCACCAGCGCGCUGUGCCCCCCGGCCGCCCCGCACCCCCAGUUCGGAGGUCCCCUGUCGCUGCCCCCCACGCAGGGCUGUGAGCGGUACCCCGCCCUGCGGAGCCACCGGCCGGCGCCCUACCCCAGCCCCUACGCGCAUCGGACCAGCUCCCCCACCUAUGCCGACGCCUCGCCCGCCUGCGUGCCCAUGCUCCAGCCCCACGAGAACUGGCCGGGCCUCGGGGUGCCCGCCCACCCCGGGGUGCUGCCCGUGAGCGCCGGCUCCGGCCCCCCAGCGGGCGCCAGCCAGUACCCCGGCCUGUGGUCCAUGAGCAGCGGCGCCAGCACACCGGCCGCUCCGCCGGCCGCGAUGCCCCCGUUCUUCCGGGGGCCGUCCCCCCACCCCGCAGCCCUGGGUCCCCCAGGCACGGUCCCCUCCUCCUCGGGGUCCCCACUGUACGACGGGGCAGCCGCAGCCCCGGACGUGCCCGACAGCCAGUACGACACCUCGGCCCUGGCCUGCCUCAUCGCCUCCUGGACGCCCGCGUCGCCGCCCUCCAUGUGA